AUGACCAACCCUGGAGGGCAAACCACUCUUCCCUCCUCCUCCGGCGGCCCGCCAACUGACACUCUUCCCGGCGGCCUGCCAAUGCCUCCUCUCCCCGCCGUCCCGCCUCCACCCCCACUUCCCGGCGGCCAGGCCAACCUUCCCCUCACCCUCGCCCCUCCUCCACUUUCCUUCAGCGAGACGAUCACCGACAUCACACCCUUCAUCCCCAUCGUCUUAGAUCUCCACAGCCACAAUUAUUACCAUUGGCGCCACUUGUUCGAGAUCCACCUUGGGCGCUGUUCUCUUUUCCAUUACAUCACCGGCGAUGCGCCCCCGUCUCCCCACGACCCGCGGUGGCUCAAGGACGAUCUCGCCAUCAUCCAGUGGCUGUACACGCGCAUCUCCACCGAGCUCUUCAACUUGGUGGUCACCGACGACGCGUCUGCUCGCGACAUUUGGACUGAGCUUCGCCGGUUGUUUCAAGACAACCGCGACGCCCGCGUCUCCGCCCUCAACACCGAGUUUCGCACGAUCACCCAGGGCGAUCGCCCCGUCGGCGUCUUCUGUCAGCGCAUCAAAGCCAUUGGCGACGAACUCCGUGAGCUCGGAGAGGUGGUUGCAGACCGCUCCCUUCUUCACGCCCUCAUGGGCGGGCUCGACGACCGGUUCGCCCAGCAGGCGACCCUGAUUCCGCUCCUGCGGCCACUGCCUACUCUUGCCGAGGCGCGUUCCAUGCUCCAGAUGGAGGAGCAGAACCGGGCGCGUAAGGCGAUCAUUCCGCGCCUCUUCCACGCCGCGGCCUGCUCUACUCCACCACCGGCGGCCGCGGCGACGUCCUCGCCGUCUCCUGCCGUUCAGCCACCUCCCGGAUGGCGCCCCAGCCCCAACUACAAGGGCAAGAACCCAGUGUACUGUCCCCCAAAGGCAGGCUCGGCUUCUUCUUCAUCCUCGGCUGCGCCUGCUUCCACCACGUCGGCGCCGCCUGCCGCGCCGCCAGCUCCGACUUCCUCCGCCUGGCGCCCUGCUCAAGACCCGUGGACCGGCCUGGUGCAGGCGUGGCCCAUGCCCUGGUCUGCGCCCUCUCCUUAUGGUGCUCCUCCGGCCUACAGCGGUGGCUGGGCGCCCGGUCUUCGCCCUCCUACCGGCGCCCCAGGUCUCCUCGGCUCGCGUCCUCCACCGCACGCUUAUGCUGCGUACGCACCGCUGUACCAGGCAGCGGCGGCGCCGACUGCGCCGCCCAUGUACCCCUACGGCUUCCCCACGCCAUCGCCCUGGGAGCACGGCACCGCGGGCGCGUCUUCAUCAACUCAGCCAUCGCCUGCGCCUGCUUCCACCUCGACCGCGCCGGCUUGGGAUCAGGCCGCCUUCAUCGCCGCCAUGAACUCUCUCACCACCCAGGACGCAGGUAACGACUGGAUCUUCGACUCUAGAGCUUCUUGCCACAUGUCUGCAUCUAGUGCUUCUCUUUCUGCUCUUCAUCCUUCGAUUUUAGUUCCCUCCAUCACUCUUGGCGACGGCUCUUCUGUUCCUGUCACCGGCGUCGGUACUUCCUUCCUCUCUCCCUCUCGCUCGCCUCUUCUUCUUCGCGAAGUUCUUGUUGCUCCUGCUCUCAUCAAGAACCUCAUUUCCGUUCGUCAUUUUACUAUUGACAACCAAGUUUCAGUUGAAUUUGACCCUUAUGGAUUGUCUGUGAAGGAUCUUCGAACCAAGAUGGAGCUGGCCCGGUUCGAUAGCUUGGGGGAUCUGUACACUGUCCACGACGCUACUACUCCCACUCCCCAUGCUAUGCUCGCCUCCAUCACCUUGUGGCACCGCCGGCUUGGACAUCCCAACAGCACGACCACGACUACCCUCCUCAACGAAUUUCAGCUUCCUCAUGCUCGAGACUCGCAUGAUGCCUCUCUCUGUCACGCCUGUCAGCUGGGCCAGCUUGUUAGGCUCCCCUUUAGUGCUUCUACAACUAGUAGUUCUUUUCCUUUUGAGCUUGUGCAUUGUGACUUAUGGACGUCACCUACCCCCAGUGUAUCCGGUUUCAAGUAUUACCUAGUCGUCCUAGAUGAUUACUCUCAUUUUAUCUGGACUUUUCCUCUCCGCGCCAAAUCAGAUGUUCAUAGCGUGUUUGUCAAUUUUCAGCACUACGUGUACACUCACUUCUCUCUCCCCAUCCGUUUCUUGCAAUGUGACAACGGGCGCGAAUUCGACAACACUCGCAACCGUGAUUUCUUCCUUCACCAUGGCAUCCUCCUCCGCUUCUCUUGCCCCUACGCCUGGCCUUAG